AUGCGAUCCAUCACCCUCAUAUCACCGUUGGCCUGCUGGGCACUCAUCGGAGGCCUGGCGGCAGCAUCCCCGGCCGGGAAAUGCGACUCGUCAAGCUUCCUCACCGUACAAACCUCCAACGGGCCCAUCACGGGUCAUCCAGCGUCCAACGGCUCCAACGUGUUGGAGUAUCUCGGCAUUCCAUACGUCAGGCCUCCCGUUGGCGACCUGCGCUUCGCUCCGCCGGAGAGGUUCAUCGGCAACAGCUCUUAUGAGGCCUCGAGCUUCGGCUUCGAUUGCCCUCUCUCCCCUUCGCGCCAGGUCAACUACCCGGACAUGACGCCCCAGGCGCAACGGAUCAUCGGGUACUUCGCGUCGGGUGCCGGGACGCCCCAGAGCGAGGACUGCCUGACGCUCAACAUCUGGACGAGGCGGAAGAAGGAGGCGCAGAAACCCGUCAUUGUCUUCUUCUACGGCGGGCGCUUCGCGAUCGGCAACACAAACAGCCCCUUUUACAACGGCAAGUACUUCGCGGCGGCUCAGGACGUCGUCGUCGUCACCGUCAACUACCGCCUGAACAUCUUCGGCUUCCCCGGCGCGCCCGGCCAGCCCCAGAACCUCGGCCUGCGGGACCAGCGGGCCGCCGUGGAAUGGGUCCGCGACAACAUCGCCGGCUUCGGCGGCGACCCGACCAAGAUCACCAUCGCGGGCCAGUCCUCGGGCGGCGUCGCCGUCGACUACUGGGCGUACGCGUACACCGAGGACCCCAUCGUCAACGGCCUCAUCGCACCCUCGGGCAACGCCUUCAGCUUCCCGCUCAACAGCCCGGGGGUGCCGGAGCGGAACUGGGAAUCGGUUGUGGCGGCCGUGAACUGCACGGAUGCCGCCGAUGUCAUGGUCUGCAUGCGGGCGCAGAGAUGGGAGGCCAUCAAGGCUGCCGCGGCCGCCGUGCGCCCGACCUCGAGCAGCAGCGUCCUCCGGGCCAUCCCGCCGUUCUAUCCCAGGGUCGACAACGAGAUUGUGUUUGAAGAUUACGUGUCCCUGACCGAGUCUGGCAGCUUCGCCAAGCUGCCUAUUCUCUUCGGAAACAACAACAACGAAGACGGGUACUACAGAAUCCCAGCGUACGGCAACGGCGUCGUCCCGACACCGGAGCAAGUGGCGUCCUUCCUCCUCGAGUCCUUCACGUGUCCGAACUCGUACCAGGCCGAGGCGCGUCGCGCGCAGGGCGUCCCGGCGUGGGUGUACCGCUACUUCGGCGACUGGGACAACACGCGGCUGUUCCCAACGAGUGGCGCCUACCACGGCGUCGACCUGCACAUGGUCUUCGGCGCCUCGGAGGACGUGAGCGGCAUCGCGGCGUCGGAGCCCCAGAGACGGACCACGGCGCUUGUGCAGCGCGCCUGGGCCGCGUUCGCCGGCGACCCGGUCGACGGCCUGAGCUCCGUCGUCGGCUGGCCCAGGUUCGACCCGGGCGAGGAGUCUUUGGUCCUGCUGGCGGUCGACAACAGCCCCGAGGCGAGGUUCGUGAAGCCCGAGGUCUACGAUGCUCCUUGCUCGACCGUUACGAUGGGUGCUCUGGCGACGCCGGCCCCUGCUUGA